AUGUCCUGCAGAGCGCUCACAUCAAAACUUGGAUACUCCAUCAAUCAAAACCACCUUCCUAUCAAUAUGAGCAAUAUGGACGACGAGGAGAUCUUAAGUGAUGUCAGUCUAGAUGAGGACGAUGAAGAAUUGAUCUGGAGGGUGUUCUACGCGUCAAAAGAGGACUCGAACAAGGCUGAAGACCAACUCGAGAAUGAUCAGGAUGAGGAACUAUCAGAUCUUAGCGACAUUGAGGAUCAGGAAUUGGUACAAAAAUACAAGCAUCUCAAGCAACAAGAAUCAGCACCACUACUGGAGGAUGACAAGAAGAAACUUCUCAUUACAUCGUUUACUGAAGAGCAGAUGGACAAGUUCGAAGCAUACAGAAGAUCGUCGAUCAACAAGGCAGGUGUGAGGAAGCUCUGUAACGGUGCUUUGAACCAAUCAAUACCCGAGAACAUGGCUAAGAUACUAGCUGGUCUAUCGAAGCUGUUUCUUGGUGACAUUAUCACAAAAGCCUUUGAGAUACAAGAACGUGAAUACAAGGCCCAACUUAUCCUUGACAUAGAUGCAAAGAAAAGGCGCAAAAAAGAAACACUCAGAAGGAUUGAAAAAGGUGAAGACAUAUCCAAUGUCCCUCCAGAAAGAAAGCUUGAGUACCUCGGAGAUAGAAAAGGACCACUUCAACCAGAACAUAUACGCGAAGCUUGGAGACUAUACAAGCUCGAAAGCAGUGGUGCCUAUCUGUCACAGUGGAGAACACAGGGAGAGGGAGAUGGUAAGUUUUUCAGGUAA